AUGAACUCGGACGUGCAUCGUCAUCAAGCCCAUCCACCACUUGCCCAGCACGGCGUGCACACGGGCGCGCAGAACGUCGGCUGCGGCUGGUAUUCCGCGUCGACAGCGCCCGCGCCCACUGCACCGGCGCGUCUCAAGCGAACGCAGCCGCCGCACCAGCUGCCGUCCGGAGGCGGAGUUGUUAGCAGUAAUGGUCCACACGUGCCUCUAUCGCCCACAUCCCUACAAAAUUCUAUUCAAACAAACCUGUCGUACAGUGCGAAGUGUGACAUUGCGUUGGGUCAACAGAACGUGAUGUCGACGUCUGUGCGAGCGGCCGCACCCACCGGCCCCGCCCCCACACCGUCCGCCAUGCACACGUCGCAGACCACGACAGUGGUGAGCAAGGGCGCUAGCGACAUCCUGGUCAACUCUUCAACGCAGAAUCCGCCCUCCGCCGCCAACAGGCUCGUCAACAUGACGCAGUGGCCGUGGCACCACGGCGCGAUAUCGCGGGAGCGCGCCGAAGCGCUGCUGUCUGGCUCGCCGGACGGCGUGUUCCUCGUGCGCGAGAGCACCAACUUCCCCGGCGACCACACGCUCUGCGUGCGCUUCCGAGGCCGCGUCGAGCACUACCGAGUAAAAUGGGCAACAGCUCCUGAUAGCCAAACACAACGUCUGACUAUCGACGAUGAAGAGUUUUUCGACAAUAUGACCGAUUUAAUACACCAUUAUCUUCAAGACGCAGACGGCCUCUGCACAAAAUUGGUCCGGUGCUUACCUAAAGCAUCACUCAACGGUGCCAACAAUAAUGGUGUCUUACAACCGCCUUAUCCACCGCAUCCACCUCAGCCCCCGCCGUACCCGCCGACGCCAAGCGUGGCGCACUUCCCGGCGUAUGGCGCGCAGCCGCCGGCCGCCGCGCCCGCCGCCCCCUCCACCGACCAGCCCGACGGCGUCAACAACCACCAAAAGUUCGUCGAUGCGCGCUGGAUGAUUCCUGAACGUGAUCUUGAGAUAAGAGAGAAUAUUGGCAAAGGCGAGUUCGGUGAUGUAAUGCUGGGAAUAUUAAACGGCAAUCAGAAGGUGGCCGUUAAGAUACUGAAAGACCGAGAGGCUGCUAGCAAGUUUCGCGCGGAAGCUAGUGUUAUGUCUUCGUUGAAACACGAGAACUUGGUCCGGCUGCUGGGUUGCGUGGUGUUCAGCUCGAACGGCAGCACGUGCAUAGUGACGGAACACUGCGCGCAGGGCUCGCUGCUGGAUUACUUGCGGAGUCGCGGGCGACACUACGUCACGCAGCUCGACCAGAUAAACUUCGCGUACGACGCGUGCUGCGGCAUGGAGUACCUGGAGCGGCAGCGGGUGGUGCACCGCGACCUGGCGGCGCGCAACGUGCUCAUCUCGGCGGAGGGCACGGCCAAGGUGGCGGACUUCGGGCUCGCGCGCCCCGAGACCGCGCCCGAGGACCCCGCCGACGCCGUGCGCCUGCAGGCCAAGCUGCCCAUCAAGUGGACCGCGCCCGAGGCGCUCAAGUACAACAAAUUUUCAAACAAGUCAGAUAUGUGGAGUUUUGGAAUUCUACUUUGGGAGAUUUAUUCAUUCGGAAGAGUGCCAUAUCCAAGAAUUCCGCUGGCGGAGGUGGUGCGGCACGUGGAGCGCGGGUACCGCAUGGAGGCGCCGGAGGGUUGCCCGGGCGGGCCGUACGACGUGAUGCGCGCCGCCUGGCACGCCGACCCCGCGCAGCGCCCUACCUUCGCCGCCGCACGCCUGCGCCUCGCCGCGCUGCGCGAUGCUGCGCACCACGCGCACCCGCAGCACGCGCAGCAUGCGCCGCAGUAA